GAUCGCUCUCAAGCUCAUUCGCAAAUAUGAAGUCGACUGGAGCGGUAUCGAAGGUUUUAGCUGUCCUGUGCCUGUUGCAAGUAGUAACGGCUUGGAGGAAAUUCAAUGAUCUAAGAAUCAAAACAGCAGCUUACGGUUUGAAGAAUAGCGAUGCUUACUUCGAGAUACCUACGACGAGUUGCAGUCCCCUGUUCCGAGACUUCGUGAAGGUAGAACCAGAGGCGGACUUUCCUUUCCCCAUGGACUUCUACUGCCACCAAAAUGACCCGAGGGUAUGCUUUAUGUACGAUAAGAAGGGUAAUGUAGCAGGAGUUCAACUAUCAUUUCUUAAGGAAGACGUAAGCAACGUCAAAAAAGAACACUACGAUUACGAAAGCAACAUUAACUAUGUCAAGACCAAUUUCUUCAAUAAGCCUGCAUACUCCAGCAGAGUGUACUUCACAAACCCAGAGAAGCUGACUAACGCAGGCCGUGGAAACACAGACGAAACGGCCGAAGGUCUCUGGGCCUACUUGGAAGGUAAAUUAGUUGAGAUCCAAAGGAAAGAACCCACUGGUCCAAAAAUGGGAGACUUCGACAGGCAGGGCUGCUAUCCGGCAAUGGGACAACACUAUUUCUACAAAUAUAAUAAAGAUUCUGACUGCAGCAAACUCUACGCCCUGUUCCCAUUGUACGAACAGGGUGGUUUGGUUGGGUUCGGUAUGGGUGUACUCGGAUCUGGAUUCAAGAACCAUCUCAGAGACUGGUAUGAGAAACCUAAUCACGAAGUUGGAAAGUUUGUUGUUACUAAUCCACCUCCUUGCGACCACAUUGCCAGAACUUACGGAUUCACAACGGUGCACGUCUAUUUGGUGGACAAACCAUGGGAUAUAACUUGUCCCUGAAAAUGAAAAAUACAUUGGAAUCAAAUUAUUUUACAUAUUCCAUGUUUAUCCAUUAUUUCUUCAUUUUUUUAAAAAAAAAAAACAUUGUCUUCUGCGAUGUACCUAAAUAAAUAUACAUCUGUCUGCUUUU